UCGAACUUUGGGACUUAUUUUUAGCAGUAACCAUUCUGAAAUCAAAUGUAAAAACAAACCCAAAGUUUUUUAGACUGUGUGCGAAAGAAAUAGCUGUUGCGUCGAAUGAUGAUACAGGUAGCCUGUAAGUGUAAGAGAAAAUUUUGCAUUCUUUUUGUACGGGAAACGUGAUAACAAUAGGGUGUCAGAAAAUUGGACGAGAGUCCUAUUAAUCUCGAAUAUAUAAAGCUUGCUACGGUCGGCUACCAGAGUACAUUGUCAUCUCCACUCGACUACUGAAGACAUGACUACUUUGAGAAGAAGCUUUCUGUCCCUUUGGGCACUGUGUCUAGCCAUCACUUUAAUCCCAAGCCAUGCUGAAGUGAUCCACGAAUUUGUCACCAUCGACUAUGAGUGGCCAAACUCCACUGCUCGAGCUCAGAGCUUAGCUAACGGAGACUACGCCCCGAAAACCGGGGUCGUGUCCGGCAUUCAGGUUUACAAGGGCAGUUAUCAUUACCUGUCAUUUUUCGGGGAGCAUGACGUCCCUUAUACAACGAUCUUCGUAACUGUCCCACGCACUCAGGCGGUGAAAGGAAUCCCUUCGGGCCUCAACACAGUCGUCAAGGACGCUAAUGGCAAAUCAGUUCUUCGACCAUAUCCCAACUGGGCUGCUCAGAAAAUUGGAGACUGCAGCGCUCUGCAACUCCCCAUGAGCAUGGCUAUAGACCCGAACACUGGAUAUCUUUACGUCAUUGACAUUGGUCGUGUUGGAAUUUCGUCCCCAAAUCCUGCCAAUCUCUGUCCAGCUAAACUUGUCGUGUACGAUACAGUUGGUGGUGGUUCCACUAUACUGAGCUAUGAGUUUCCAGAUUCUGUUGUCUCGAGAACGACCAAUUACCUCAACGAUAUCGUAAUCGACUACGUAAAUCCAGAAGGGACAGGUGGAGUGAAGUAUGCCUACAUGACCGACACACUGACGAGGUCGCUCGUCGUCUAUGACUUCGCCCACAACAAAUCGUGGGCUUACAAGGACCCUGUCAGCAUGGGCACAGAUGAUGACGUAGACAUCACCAUCCACGGCAUCCGAUACCGGAUGGACGUCGGGAUCAACGGAAUCGCAAUGUCCCCCACCUUCAACUACCUCUACUACUCCUCUGUUGGAUCCAAGAAACUGUAUCAGGUUCCCACAUGGGUUCUGAGAACGCCAGGCAAUGACUUUGUCAGUAACACACGCCUUGUGGGCAGCAAGAAGUCUCAGGGUGGAGGGAUGGUUUUUGGACACAAGGGACUUUUCUUCGGAGCUUUGGAAUAUGACGCUGUGUACAGAUGGGACAUCGAAGCUGACAUCAAGUCCCAGCGUGUGUUGGAAGGGGAGGUUGUCAUGAAGACCCAGGUCCCUGUGGCUCAGAACUGGCAGACCAUGCAAUGGACGGACGCCCUUUCCCUGGACAACGAGUCCAACCUGUACUUCACAACCAACAGACUGCAAAAGUUCGUCACCAACAAAAUGGACUUCGACGGAGGAGAAGGCGCUAAUUUCAGAAUCUUCAAGUACAAUGUACACGAUAAGUCCUAUCUGUCACCUCCAUCUCCAUUCGAUGGUCCCGAAGUCGUGAUAGGAUAAGGGAUGGAACACUGAUAAUGUGGCUUCUAUGUCUCAUUAACUAAACUGUGUUACUGCACAUAUUUUAUGUGUAUUUUUCUUAAAUAAUGUGCAGUAGCAUAAUGGUAAGAAAAAAAGCAACAACCGAAAAAGCAUUUUCUCCUCCUGAAAUCUACUUUUCAACCUUCAAUGUGUCGAUUCUUUCGAGCCUCUAGUGUGUGAAAAGGUUAAACAAAAUAUUGUAAAAUACAAAAUAUGACAUAAAUUAUACAAAUGAGUGUUCUUGUUGUUGUUCGUUUAAAUACGCAACUACGUUGUAAAAUAAGUAUGCUCGUUAUUGAUAAAUAAAACAAAAUCUUCAACAUAAUAUGUAGUAUGUGCUUCUGUAUAUUAUGUGUAUUCUAAAUAUACAGCUGGUUUGAUAAUGUAAUCGCUUGAUCAAAGAAGUAUUUUGACGAGAAAUACAUGUACAUACACUUGAUUAAAAUGAGUACACAAAAUUGGCACUGAAAUAAAAUAUUCCUGUGUUUAUUCAUGUUAUUGAUGGGAGCCUAACAUAAAUGUUGAAAAAUAAACAUUACGAGCACAUGAA